AUGGUGCUGUCGUUCAUCCCGAAAAACCCGUUCGCCGAUCUGACCGGGGCCAGCCCGACGUCGAUCAUUAGCGUGGUGAUUUUCGCCACCUUCCUCGGCGUGGCAUCGCUGCAGCUGCUGAAAGACGACAAGCCGAAAGGCGAGCGCGUACUGGUGGCUAUCGACACCCUGCAGGCCUGGGUGAUGAAGCUGGUGCGUCUGGUCAUGAAGCUGACGCCGUACGGCGUGCUGGCGCUGAUGACCAAAGUGGUCGCCGGUUCCAACAUUCACGACAUCGUCAAGCUCGGCAGCUUUGUGGUGGCCUCGUAUAUCGGCCUGGCCAUCAUGUUCGUGGUGCACGCUGUGCUGCUGGCCUUCACCGGCGUUAACCCGAUGAAGUUCUUCCGCAAGGUGUGGCCGGUGAUCACUUUCGCCUUCACCAGCCGCUCGAGCGCCGCCAGCAUUCCAUUGAACGUGGAAGCGCAGACCCGCCGCCUGGGCGUGCCGGAAUCCAUCGCCAGCUUCUCGGCGUCUUUCGGUGCCACCAUCGGCCAGAACGGCUGUGCGGGCCUCUACCCGGCGAUGCUGGCGCUCCGCGGCGUAGCGGGCGUGGGCGGCGGCGCUACCUUCGCCGCGCUGAUCGUGCUGCCGGCGAUGGGCCUGCCGGUGACGCUGGUCGCGCUGCUGAUCUCGGUCGAACCGCUGAUCGACAUGGGCCGUACCGCGCUGAACGUCAACGGCUCCAUGGCGGCAGGCACCAUCACCAGCCAGCUGAUGAAGCAAACCGACAAAGCCGUGAUGGACAGCGAAGACGAAGUCGAAUUGGCUCACCGUUACCCCCGUCUCAAAACGAAAAAACCGGGGAUUAUCCCCGGUUUUUUUUAUGCCCCGCGCUCGGUCGUUACGGCCGCUCGCCGUUCGCCAGCCGCCGGUUGA